CGUGCCUACACCGGGGGCGUGGCUUUCCGGCGAGCGCGGCUCGCCACUUGGCUCGGGUGCGCGUGCGCAGUGUCGGCGUUCUGGCGUGGAUCAUGGCGGCGCGGUCGCUGUGGGCGGUGCAGCGGCUGCAGCGCCUCCUGGCCUCCGGGGCCGUGUCGCAGAGCAGGGGAUGGCUACACCCAUUCAGCACUGCUACCCAAAGAACUGCUGGGGAAGACUGCAGUUCUGAGGACCCUCCUGAUGUACUCGGUCCCUCCCUUGCUGAACAAGCCUUAAGACUAAAAGCUGUUAAACUGGAAAAAGAAGUUCAGGAUUUAACACUGAGAUACCAGAGAGCUGUUGCUGACUGUGAAAACAUAAGGAGACGAACCCAGAGAUGUGUGGAAGAUGCCAAGAUAUUUGGAAUCCAGAGCUUCUGUAAGGACUUGGUGGAAGUGGCAGACAUUUUGGAGAAGACUGCUGAGUACUUUUCAGAAGGAUCCAAACCCGAGGACCACAAGCUUACUCUGGAAAAAGUCUUUCAAGGACUGUCCCUUUUAGAAACAAAGCUGAAAAGUGUGUUUGCCAAGCAUGGCCUAGAGAAAAUGACACCCAUUGGUGACAAAUACGACCCUCAUGAGCAUGAACUCAUCCGUCACAUGCCAGCAGGUGUUGGGGUACAGCCUGGCACUGUGGCAUCAAUACAGCAAGAUGGCUACAAACUUCAUGGCCGCACCAUUAGACUUGCCCAAGUGGAAGUGGCAGUGGAGUCUCAGAGAAGGUCAUGAGCAAGCCACCAGGAACUAGAACUCCAGGGCCCCGCGCCCAUGUCUCCUUUAUUUAUUAAGCUGGUUUGUAUUAUACAUGAGGUCCUUCGUGUGCUCCGCUUUGGAUUUAGUCAUAUUGGCUUUAUCUCUACAAUAUCUUAUUGGUUUUAUGUGACUUGUCUCAUCAGAAGUCCUACCAUUGGGCAUUUGAACAAUGUGGCAAGUGUCCUAUGGCCUUUACCAAAAUGUUUACAAAAAUCAUUUAAAUUGGUACUCUGAUGACUGAAUCCAAAAUCUGUAUCUGUGUUUUCAACUACUUACUGGAAUUAGUACAGAAUCCUGUGUCUUAUAUUUUAUGGGAAAAGGAGAUGGUGGGGAUUGGUUUGAUAUUUAGGUACUUAGAUGACAAAGCUUUACCCAUGUAUAAAUUUAAAUAAUUUGGGUUGACUU